CUCCAAUGGAACACGGCCACCGAAGACGAAAUCAUCUGGCAUUGUUCACGCUCCAAUCCAGACCGAAACGUAAUCAGCGAACUGAAGGGAGGACUUUCAGUCAUCAGGAUUUCAGAAGAUGCAGUUGUCAAGUGCGGAAUGGGCGUCACCGAAUUCGAGGCCCGCAACCAACAGCGAGCAUAUGAGACUCUUGAUCUGGCAACCAUACGAGUUCCCCAAGUCUAUCGCUUCUUUGCUAGUGGCCUCAAUGGCUAUCUUAUCAUGGAAUACAUCAACGGCCGACCCAUGUCCUCCUUCAAAGAUCCUGACAUCUAUUUGGAGCCAAUGGUGAAGGUUCUGAAACAUUUCGAACAAGUACGACAAAAUAAACCCGGCCCUUUUCACGGUGGCGUUGCCUUUGGCCAGCUCUGGUUGGACUACGAUUUAAUCGCCCCCGUUACCGUAUCAGACAUCGAAGAGUACUACAACAGAAGACAGUUGGAAAAAAGAAGCCAUCUUGAACUUACCGGUUAUCCGCUAAUCUUCUGUCAUCUCGACAUCGCCCCUCGAAAUAUUCUGGUGUUGGAGGAUGGCUCUCUUUGCCUCAUUGACUGGAACUCCGCUGGCUUUUACCCGAGACUGUUUGAAAGGGUUGCUUUA